ACGACCUUUUAACCUUGCUAAUCACCGAGGCCAUUGUAAGGACCCAACUAAAAACUUAAACCCGAGUAUGGUUGUGUAGUUUUCAAGUCAUUUAUUCAGAGUCACGCCAACUACGAGUUCUAGAUCGUGACUGAUUUUCUCUGCAAGAAACCUGGUCGUCAUCGGAGUAUAAUUUCGAUACCUACAUGUACAUAAAAUCCAAUUCCAAACUGAAACCAAUUGAAAAAUACGAAUAGAGAAGAAAGGUGAGCAGGUGGUGCGCAUAAAAUCCAAUUCCAAACUGAAACCAAACACACAGGCGUUGACGUUGAUAUUGAUUUAGUCGAUGGCACCGUCGAUAUUGACAGCGACGCAAAGAUACGCGGCCGGAGCUCUCUUCGGGCUGGCUCUCCACCAAGCUCAGACGCACCAGACCCAACCUCCGGGAGUCCCCGAGUCUGAGAGGAGCAGUAGUGGGAGCAGUAGUGAUUCCGUCUCUGAUGAUCCUCAGCUCUGGGUCCAUGAAUCCUCCGCUCUCCUCCGUCCUAUCUUUAGCUUUUUAGAAAUUGAUGACAAGGCUUGGCUGGGUCUUGAGGAAACAGCUGGUACUUGUUUUGCCAACCACCACAUUGAAUCUUUCUUGAUGCUACUUGCUGAAGAAAGUGGUGACACUUCUUCUGAAACGAAAGAUCAGGAGCACGCAUUGUCCAAAGCUGUUGACCAUAUGGCGUCAAGCAUUGAAUCAUCAACAGAUUUGGCAUCUAAAAAAUAUAACAUCCGUGAUUAUGAACAAGCCUGUCGGGAUAAAUUUUCUGGUGCUGUCCAACCACAGCCUCAAGUGAAAGAUGACAAGCUUUUAAAUAAGCAGGAUGCCCAAGGCAAGCCAUCUGUCAUUGAAGAUGCAUCUCUUGGGUCUGGCAGUCUAUCGUAUGCAAAACCCUUUCAAGAGUUAACCAUGCUUGCCUACGAGAGGAAAGUGGUGGUUCUACAUGAGCUUCUUUCAGCUUGUCUGGCAGUAACACCUCAACUUGACAAAAAACUAAACCGGCGAAGAAAUGGCUAUGAUGCUCGACAUCGUGUGGCUCUGCGCCUGCUGUCAACAUGGUUUAGUAUCGAGUGGAUUAAGAUGGAAGCCAUUGAGACCAUAGUUGCUUGCUCGGCAAUGGCCAUAUUAAAAGAAGCAGAGGCAAAGCAGGAGGAAGCGCAUACUCCAAAAAGUAAAUGGGCUAAAUGGAAGCGUGGAGGUAUCAUUGGUGCAGCUGCUGUAACUGGAGGAACCUUAAUGGCGAUUACUGGUGGUUUAGCUGCUCCAGCAAUUGCUGCAGGAUUUGGUGCUCUAGCACCUACUCUAGGUGCCGUUAUCCCUGUGAUUGGAGCAAGUGGCUUUGCUGCUGCUGCAACUGCUGCAGGUAGUGUUGCAGGUUCUGUUGCAGUUGCUGCAUCAUUUGGAGCUGCUGGAGCUGGACUAACUGGGACAAAGAUGGCUAGGAGAACCGGAAGCAUUGAUGAGUUUGAGUUUAAAGCUAUAGGAGAAAACCAUAACCAAGGCAGACUGGCUGUCGAAAUGAUGAUCUCGGGAUUUGUUUUUGAGGAAGAAGAUUUUGUAAGACCUUGGGAAGGACAUACUGAUCACUCAGAAAGGUAUGCACUACAAUGGGAGUCUAAGCAUCUGAUUGCUGUUAGCACUGCAAUUCAGGAUUGGCUGAAAUCAAAACUUGCAAUGACACUGAUGCAGCAAGGUGCAAUGAUGACUGUGUUAAGUGGUCUCUUAACAGCAUUGGUGUGGCCAGCAGCAUUACUUACUCUUACUGAUUUCAUUGACAGCAAAUGGUCUAUUGCCGUAGACAGAUCUGACAAGGCUGGGAUACUGCUUGCUGAAGAAGUUUUACUGAAGGGAUUGCAAGGACACAGGCCCGUUACAUUAAUAGGGUUUUCACUUGGAGCGAGAGUCAUAUUCAAGUGUCUCCAGAUUCUCUCUAAAUCUGAAAAUAAUGCCGGGCUUGUAGAGAGAGUUGUUCUCCUUGGGUCACCUAUUGCCAUCAAAGAUGAAAACUGGGAGGCUGUAAGGAAGACGGUGUCUGGUAGAUUUGUGAACGCCUAUUCGACAAAUGAUUGGACGCUUGGAGUUGCCUUCCGAGCGAGUCUCCUUUCUCGAGGACUAGCUGGAAUUCAACCAGUCGAUAUCCCAGGAAUUGAGAAUGUAGAUGUAACAGAAAUGACUGAGGGUCACUCCUCUUAUCUCUGGGCUACCCAACAGAUUCUAGAACAGCUUGAGCUUAAUUCCUACUAUCCUGCUUUUAAUGCCGCUCACAUGAAUCAGAAUAAGGAUUUAUCUUCGGCAUAAGUUGGAGUUGCUUUCAUGACACACACAGACACAGUUAAUGACGGUUGACGUGCAUCCAUCAUAGUUAAAGGAGGAAGUUUAAAGCAAGAGCUAGCUGUUGCAAUUACCUAAGCUGGAUUUUUCACAAAGUAGGAUUGUGGUGUACAGUUUUUUCUUUUGUUUACAUUAGGUGCAUUUAUUUGAAUGAAAUGAAAUAAAAUGAAAUGUGUACUAUAAAUUUGAGUUGAUUAGAGAAAAUGUUUACAAUUUUAA